AACACGACUCCGUCAGAUCCCUCAGUAACUCAGUCCGCUCCACUCUCACACAUCUAACUGGCCCGCCAGCGAGGAAGACCCUUCUCAUUGGCUCAGUGUUACUGUAUAUGACUUACGUAGAUAGUGUGCCACAUAUAACAGUGAUGGAAUUCGACUGAGCCUAAAUGCCCACUGGACUCCUUCAGUAAGGCAUCAUGGGUUUGGGACUAAGUAAAGUUAAUACUCCAGCAAGGCAGAGCCCACCGCUCUGUGGGAGGUGAACGAGGACGGCAAGUCCCUGCCCGUCUUGAGCAUUGAGGAGGAAGGUGAACGGAGUUAUGGCUCGCUGAACAUCUCCGAUUACUCCAGCCGAGCAGUUCCUACAGUCAGGCUUGAAGGAGGGCACAGUGUGUGCACAACACGCUCGGCCACAGACACAGGACCCUUGACCUGCAGUUCGGACCAGACAGGUUCACCGGGGUGUGGAUCUCAACUACAGAGGGAGAAGAGCGGAUUUCCACAGUUUAUUAUGCCCUUAGCCCCUCUCUGCCACUCUAGCCUCGGCAACACUCUCCAGACACCCAUUAACUGCUCUUUGCCAGGGGACCACCUUGGUGCCAGGGGCCUGCCAGAGGAGCCUCACACUUGGAUAAACUCACAUGGCAGCAUCCUUGCCUCUCUCCUUCCUCCAUACGCUCGGAAUCAUUUGAAGUCCCAUCUAAAGCUUCCCACUGCCAAGAAGCCUGGCGAACAUGUGACGUGUGAGCUCAGAAGUCCCUCUGACACCACAGACACAUCCACCAGUCGUGAGUCCUCCUCUCCCGCAUACGCGUCCUCUUCUUCUGACGAGCAAGCUGCUCUGACUGAUUUGUGUUCUGACAAGUGCGCUGACCAAGAGUCCUUGCGUAAGGCGAGUGACCUUAGCAAAGAAUGUACUAAGCUGCUCAUAGCGACAGGUGAACGCUUUGCGGUUUCGGAGCAGGACCGCGUGGCCUGCCUCACUCUUGACACAAACUACAGUCCAUAUCUCCCUCAGUGUGUUGUAAGACACAACCCUUUAAAUACGGCCAAACCGAAGAGUGAGAUAGAACAAAUACAGAGCGCCGCAAUGUCUCACAAGACCUCCAAGGCUGCUGAGGGCAAAGGCCGCUUCAGGCACAAGGACAAGUCAGGAGGCCAUCACUCGACAGCACACGUCUCCAAGAAACAAGAGAACGUUCAUCCCAAGUUUCAAAGCAGCUCCUCGUUAGCCGAUGCCAGUUGUGAGGAUGGAACGGUGACUGUAAUUGAGACCAUAGUCAUCACAGAGAAAAUCACCCCCAAAGCCCAGGGGAAGAGAAAGAAGAAACACCAUCAGGCUGUGGCAACAGGAAAAACAGAAGCAGUGCCACUGGCUGAGGUUGAGAAUGGAGCCAAGCAAAAAACGGCAAGUGAUAAAAUCAGCACUACUGAACCCUCAGUGCGUAUGGACAGUGGAGUCAAACAGAAAACAGUAGGGGCAAAGAACAAGACGGACACUUUUGAGACCAGGCUGGCCCAGAGGAACAGCAAAGGCUUGGACAAACCAGUGGCUCAUGCCAAGAAAGAGACUUUGCUUUCUGACAUUUCAGCGGCUCCUAGAUUGUUGGAAGAAAAUGCAGGCAAACCAAAGAGCAAGAAGAAUGACUACAUUAGACAUCCCACUAGGGAAAAGCACGAGGUACUCCCUGUUGAAUCCAAACUGCAAAGGCUCAAGAGCUCUUUCGAAUGUAAGGAUGGAAAUGUGGUGCAUAAGAAGGCCUACAGUGAUGUGGUCAGAGAGAAGAUACACGCGCCAAAGCUAGGCCCUCAGGUGGUGGAAGGCAUCCAAGCAUUGCCUGUCUUUGGUGAUCCCCAAAGUAUCUCUCUGCGCUGCAAGUUUGGCAACAUCACAGCUAGCUCCACUGUCACCUGGACAAAGGGGGCAGCCAUCUUCUCAGAAACCCAAAGGAGUGCUGGCGAUGAGAGCCAGGUGUGUCUCACCCUGCUAAAUGCCUGCAGCAAGGACCUGGGCAUGUACCGCUGCUCCCUCCGCAAUCCCCAGGGCUCAGUCUCCUCAGACUUCCACCUCACCUCGGAAGGUAGGCAGCAGGUCCUCAUCCAGCAAAUCUCAGCAUGCAUGAGUGAAGAAAGCCCAUCUCAUGAUGCCACUUCUCUCUCGCAUGUCAUUCAUCUCUCUUCUCAUCUCUCCCUCCUCUCCCUCCCAGUUCUCUGUGAACUUGUCAUCUCAUGUCAUAGUAAUGAAGUGGAGCUCACUGAGGUGGCAGGAGAUGAAGAGGAUGUGCAGUGUGCGCCACUGCUCUUCAAGGAUGACUUCCUGUCGGAGCAGUAUUUUGGGGAGCACCAGCCUGCCAGCAUUAUAACGGAGAAGGACCACUUUGGCGAGGGCAUGCACCGCAAGGCCUUCCGCGCCACGCUGAGGGCAGGCAUGGUGUCAGUCUUCACCCCCGGGCACCCCUGUGUCCUGAAGGUGCAUAACGCCGUCAGCAAUGGCACCAAGGACAACGAGGAACUUCUUGAGAGGAACUACAGCCUGGCUACAGAGGAAUGUUAUGUCCAGAAUACGGCCAGAGAGUACAUCAAGGCAUACAACAAUGUGGCCAGAGCAGCUGAGUCGUUUGGAGAAGUUCCAGAAAUCAUUCCCAUCUACCUGGUGCAUCGGCCCUCCAGUGACAUUCCCUAUGCCACGCUGGAAGAGGAGCUGCGGGGAGACUUUGUGAAGUACUCGGUGAAGGACGGCAAAGAGAUCAACCUGAUGAGGAGAGAUUCUGAGGCAGGCCAGAAGUGCUGUGCCUUCCAGCAUUGGGUCUACACCAUCACAGAAGGCAACCUGCUGGUGACUGACAUGCAAGGAGUUGGCAUGAGGCUUACAGAUGUUGGCAUCGCCACCUGCAAGAAAGGGUACAAGGGUUUCAGAGGGAAUUGUGCAACCUCUUUCAUUGACCAGUUCAAAGCCUUGCAUCAGUGCAACCGCUACUGUGAGCUGCUGGGACUGACCUCUCUGCAGCCCAAGCCCAAACGGACAGCUCCGCCGGCCAAGCCCAAGCCCCAGCCCGCACCCAAGAAAAAGACUUUUGCCCCAACACUGAAAGGAAAGUCCUGAUCGAGUGAAAGAUUUGGCCAGUUUAUUUUGCAUUUGUUUUUUGGAGCAAGAAUCAAGCCAUGCUAACACACUGUUAAUCUGCUGAAUUACCAGACUGAAAUUCUGUUGUCAGCUGGCAAGAGAACUGUGCACAUGCCCUUUAAAGAUCUUCACCAGGAAGCAGUGUGUGGCAUUGCAGAACACACAGCAAUGAGCACAUGCAUGUUUUGGUCCAGUCUUGGACUUUGAGAUUGUGUUUCAUUAGACACAUUAGGAUUGUGUCCCACAGGAUUGUGUCACAGAUACUGCCUCCUGUUUUUGACACAAAAGGUUUUCUGUUGAUAAAGAAGAAACUGUAGUUCAGAAAGAUCUGAUACAUUAACAUAAUUUGUGUUCAUUUGAACACCAUAAUCAUAUCUUAUUGUGUCCUGCAUAACAUAUUGAAUUCUUAGUUCUUGUGUCCUGUGUAGAUUCAGAUCACUUGUAAUAUAUUUAUAUAGAACAUUUAUGUUUAUAAAUGCCACUUUUGGUGUUAUUAUUCUGUUUUCUUUAGAAUUAUUUUUCUACCAAGAAGAAAUCAAUUUAUAAGAUUUUCAGAUGAAAUAACAUGAUUAUUUUAUGUAUCUUUGUCAUGACAUGAUUGACAAAAUGUUUUGCAUUUGCUAUUUCUGGUUACGUACCCAAUAUUUGUUUUGUUUGUGUCUGAAUUAUGAAGUUGUUUAUAUUCUUAUUCAGUUAAACCCCUUGUUUCUGCAAGCACGGUUUGCUUUCAGACAGUCGACAGCUAGUUAUGAGAUGGACAUUAAACUUGACUGUAGACAGUUUUUGGACUUUUGAAGAGUUUGUAGACUAUUUUUACUCAGUGUGGGAGCAUCCUUUUUUACAUAAAUCUGACAUUUUCAGGUAUUUCAUUUUCAGUGUGCAGGCAUGUUACUUGUAUUCUGCAGAGGCAUGCAUGUGUAUCAAAAAGGAAAGUCUAAAAGUAGAGACUUUAAUGUGAAAGGUCUUUCUAGUUGACUUCCUGUAUGUAUAUUUGGCUGCUAUAGAAUGCAGCCAUGCCCCAGCAGUGACUUCAAAAUACAUGAUGGCUUUCAAAUGAGCUGUGUGUUGCUCAGAGGAACUGGCUACCAGUGAUUCAACACCAUUUUGCAUACAGUAGCUGUUGCCAGGCUUCUUUUUGACAAAGAGAGAGAGUCUGUUCAUAAACCUGGGCUUUGCCAUGGCCACAGGCUAGAGCAGUGUGUGCAUGUGGUGCUUGAAUGACUCUGGUGGGGGUAGGGAGACUGUUGAAGGUGUAAAUAUGAGAGGGGCCACACUCAAUCUGGAAAGCAGGAAAACUCUUCUGAGCGCAGUCAGAAAACAUGCAGUCCCUUUGUUUUAGAGGAAAAAGCUGUGUGAUACCUGUACCUCUGUUGUUUGGCUACUGAUGUAUGUAUUAAAAAAGAAACAUUUUACCAAUUCA